CGCUUCCAGGGCGGCAGUGGCGACGGUGGUGGUGGGAAUAGCAGCGGCGACUUACCCUGGUCUCCCCGGGAGAGGGGAGCGGGCGCGGCGGGAGCGAACUCAGGUGGAAACUGGGGGUGGACACACAGCAAUACUGUGGCUUCUGUGCAAGGAGGACCUCAGCAUCCUUUCCCCAGCGAGGGCCAUCCCGAAGAGGGAUUUAGGUUUGGGGUGAUUCAUCUGCAAGAGCAGCACGGUCUGUAAUUUUCCUCAGCUUUUAACAAGGCUGGGAAAACUUGCUGCACACCAUUCUGGACUCUCCGACUCCAGAAAGAUGUCAACAAAGUGGAAGGUAUUGGACGGGACCAGCGCAGAAACGAUUUACUGAAAAAUCUUUGUAGUCGUAAAAUUCUUUCCUGGGCAAGAGAGAGAAAGCGUAAGGACUUGCCGUAAUCUCCGUGUUGAGGACUGUCAGACUAACGCGAUGGCUCAGGCGAGCCUCUUGGCCUGUGAGGGACUCUCUGGUGUUUGCCUGGUGCCAACAGUUGCCAGCAAGAAGAUGAUGCCGAAACAAAGCUCUAAGCAGGUGGAGAACGGGGAGAGAGGGGGUGCGCCGGACAUGCUGGGUCAUCGCAAGGAGAGUGAGAAAUCACGCAAUCGGAAGGAAGAAGAAACAGCAGAAGGAUCACCUCCUAAAAAAUCCCUUAAAAAGGUAGUGGUGAUUGAGCAGAAUGGAUCCUUCCAGCUCCGGAUCAACAAGAACUUUAUUUGCGAGCACUGUUUUGGAGCAUUCCGGAGCAGCUACCACCUCAAGAGACAUAUCCUCAUCCACACCGGAGAGAAGCCUUUUGAGUGUGAUAUGUGUGACAUGCGCUUCAUCCAGAAGUACCACCUGGAGCGCCACAAACGUGUCCACAGUGGGGAGAAGCCAUAUCAGUGUGAGCGCUGCCUGCAGAGCUUCUCCAGGACAGACCGGUUGCUGAGACACAAACGAAUGUGCCAGGGUUGCCCCGGCAAAGCGUCCGACUCACAGUUGCUGCUCUAGGGUUAGGCCAGGGAAGAGCCUUCUAGAAGGAGCUGGAAAGUCCACCAGAUGCUCUGGGAGUGGGCUUGUUCACCUGCUUGUUUUUUGCGCCUGAGUUUGCCUGCUGAGCCUACUCCUGUGGGAGGGGCAGAGCUGAGCGGGCACAGACUUCAACAAUGGUCUUGACACUGUAAAUAAAUUGAGGACAAAGCGGGGCUGACUCCCAGCCAUUGGGAAGCCCACUGCAGUUGUGGAUAAACUUUGCUGGGGUGCGCUUUUUGUUUCUGUUUAGUUUUUUGAAAUUAUCACCAUUUGCCUCAGGAAAGGCUUUGAAAGCAUUGCUGGGCCUUCUGCGAGCCAUUCCGACCGGAUCCAGUGCUCUCGAUUAACAGAUGAUCUGCCAGCUGGCCUGAUCUUUGGCUUGCAAAGGGAGAACAACGGGCAAAUAUUUUAUGAAAACAGUGAUCACCACCAGUCAAGCAGUAAACUAUUUUGCGGAGCUGAUCCACAAAAGGAACGGAAAGGAGGGAUUAGCAGCAGCAGGAUACUGAGGCCUGGGAUCACAGGAGUCUGUCUCAUUUAAGCUUGGCCAUAAGGUCUACAGAAUUUUUUUCUUUUCAUGCUAUUCUCUUACAGUGAUUUGUGAUUAGGUUCCAUUCUCGAUCUUCGUGGUUCAAGAAACAAGGGCUGCAGAAGGUGACAUGUGCUGUGGGGUGAACAUAGAAGUCUGCCUUGGAUGUGUUCCCACUGGCAAGGUGCAGUUGAUAUCCAGCUGGCUGGAAGGCUCUGUUUUCUACUUCCCAGGAGAGGAGGACCCUUGCGUGUAGUCCCUUCGCUUUCCCUUGUAAAUAGCCAUCCAUUCAGGACCUACCCUGCUUCGCGUGAAAUUCAGAGCUUUCUUAGGUGGCAGUCCUGCUUUCGUAAAUAUAUGAAAAGCCAGCUCCAGUCCGAGGGCACCUGUCUCCCAAGCCUAAUGUUGAAGAACUGCAGUCUCUUUGGGGGAGAAUGGGGAAGGGAAGGGACUCUGGCCUCUUGAUAUGUUUCUUGGAAUAAAAUACUCGAGGACUAAGGGUCGGCAUUCCCAUGCACCAUUAAUUCUGAUUGCUCCUGAGCUGCUUCGUUGAAGUUUGAAAAUAAGGCUCUUUCCCAAUAUGCAAAUUUUUAUAUGCUAUUAUUUCAGCUUAGUUACGACAGGCAGUCGCAAGUCUGCAAGGAAAGCAGGAACCUCCAAAACCUCUUUUCCUCAUCGUUGCAUUCACAGAGAAAUAGUGGUCUUUCUGUAGGGCAAGUAAUAAUCUGUCUCUGAGCCUGGAAUCUGUAUGAUAGGAACAGGUAACUCCAUCUGAAUGGUAGAUACAAAUCUCAUUUGUGCUUCAAAUACAUCCCUCCCUGAGUUAACUUCUCCUGAGUUUACCAUACACACCUUGUUUUAAUCAGGUUUAAACCGAGGGCUGCAUCAGUAGAGAAAUACUGCUCUUUGGUCACGCUGGAGAGAUUGUUCUUGAGGGGCUUCAUUUCUGCCUGUGCAACUAGAAGGGCUUUAUACAUAGAGAUGGGAUGCUUUAGAUGAGUGUUUUUCCAAACUUGGCAACUUUUAAGAUGUGUGGACUUCAGCUCCCGGCAUGCUGGCGGGGGAAUUCUGGGAGCUGAAGUCCACACAUCUUAAAAGUUGCCAAGUUUGGAAAAACACUGCUUUGGAUCAAGAUUGUUGUCCCCCACAAAUUCAACCAUUUAAGAGAUUCCAGUACUGGCAAAAGGCAUUCUUCUUUAGAUCAGCCUUCCCCUUGCUGCCUAGGGAUCAUGGGAGUUGUAGUCCAACAAAUCUGGAGUAUAUUAGCUUGGGGAAUGUUACUAUAGAGGAGAUCAUAUUUUUUAUAAAAGAGCUCUUAGAUUCCCCUUCCUUCGUAUAUUGGAAGAGCCAAUAUUAUUUCAUUCCCAGCCUCGUUACAUUUCCAAAAUUAGUAACAUUGACUUGUACUCUGCAGUUCAUAGGAAUGAUUAGGGCAUCUCACAACUCUAAAAAUUGUGGUUUGUUGCUGUUUGGUGGGGCUGAUAAAAUGGCUGCUCUUUAAAAAGAACGUACCGCCAUAGGUCUUUCAGUUUCCUGAGGACUGUUUUUCCCCAAAAGGAAAUAAAAUAAUUGCUAUAGAAAACCUUGGAGGAAAUGCAGAUACUUAGAAAGAAAGUGGAAAGGAAAUUGGAAUGUGACUGUUUCGGGGGAAGUGGCAAUGUGCUCGGCUGGGGGGGAAAAAUUGCUUGAGCAGAAGAAACCUCUUUGUCCAGUACUCGAUGUUGUUUUUCUGUCCUUUUCUAGCUAAUCCUCUGGCAUUAAUCCAGUAAUUGAGACAUGGCAUUACAAAGCAUAUUCACUGUUGCCUAGUAUUUCCCCAAGCGGCAAGCUGAAUCUCUUGAGUGAACUGUCUCAUACUGCUGAAUGCUUUAUGUGCCAAGCAGAGUAACAACUGGGUUGUUUUGAUCUCUCUAAAGCAUGGGCAGCUUUAGUAGCGCAAGGGUGUGUUUUGCUUAGGCUCUGCAUCUUGCAGGGGUUCUGCCGUCGGAACCUGGGAGGUUAGUUAGUUAACACCAUGCACUCUGGGAGGAGUUCUUCAAGUUGCUGCACGCUUGACCAGCUCAGCCAUUUAACAGUCACCUAUAUAGGCAUUAAUUGGUGGUGUGCCAGUCUUGUUGUCUAACUCUCUUUCCCUGUUCAGAAGUGAGGGGAAAAAAUGCUAACCUCAAAAACGACCUGCAGGUGACUUUCACUGCUGAAUUUUGCUCAGAAGUGGACUGUAGUGUUGAAAGAACAGGAUGGGAGAGAAGGCAGGCACGGUAGUCAAUGCUGCUCCCAUCUUCGGUUUCUGUUUCUUGCAGCCAUCUUCAUAGUGGGGUUGGUGCGUGGCCAGCUUAGAGUUCAUGCGCUUUUCCGAACUACUAUCUCAGCUUCGUGAACUAUGUUGUACUCUGUUAUGUUCACCAUUCUCCACAAAAAUGUUUUUUUCUUUAAAAGAAAUCCAUAGUUUUUCCAGCGGCUAGAAACAAAAAGCUUUUGUGAAGUACUUUAAAUUAUGUGUUUGCCCUCCUUGUGUUUCAGGAGCUAAAUAUUGCAGGUGACGAUUUUUCAGAAAGAACAACGAGUACAAUUCAGUGAGUAAUUUUAGUAAUUGGGCAGAAUAGUAUGGUUCAAGCAUUUUCUGUUAAAAGAAAUAAUUGCCUGCAGGCAGAAAGUUAGCAAAGCAGGGGAAAAAUAGUUUUCUAUGAAAGGAGGUUUCAUUUAAAGAAUUACCUUGACCCACCCCAAAUAAAUUGAUAGCAUCUAUUAAUUGCUGCUGGUUCAUCUCAUCUAGAAAUUGUAUGCAGUAGGUAUAAUUGCACUAAGGUCUUUGCAUUUUUUCUUUAUGGAGAUGAAAUUGAAAGGAAGUGAAACUUGACUGGAAGUUUCACUGAUUGUCGCUCUUUAAAAUGCAAGGGACCCAAACCAUUUCAGAGUGAGAUUUGUUUGUUUAAAUAGAACCGUGAGGAGGCAGUGAGGUGAAAAGAAGACAAAUUUGUUGAAGGUUGAGGAAGGUGAGACUUAACACAUAGGUAAAAACAAUGAAAUGUUUUUAAAUAUUCUUCACAGUACCAGCGCAAUGGAUGGAGUUGCUUUGGCAUGAUUGCAGCUGAGAGUUAGAUGAAUUGGAUGGCUUGGCAAUUCCAGGUAGCAGCAGCCUGGAAAAUGGGUUCUGCGUAAAUGUUGAAAUGUGCCUCCUUUGCAGGAACUUAAGGACACACAAUCUUACCAACACAGCCUAUGGUAAUGCCUCUCUUAGAUAUAGAGAAGCCAUUCUUUAGAGAGUAUGCACCAUGCUUUUCCCCUGUAUCUUUGUCUAACUUGAAUAUGUUCCUUAUACAGGCAGUCCCCAAGGUAUGUAAGUCCAGACUUGCGUAAUUUUGACAUGCCAGAGGGAGUCAACCUGGCGGACGCUGUUUUGUAUGGGUGCAAAAUGGCAGCAGCAUGCAAGCCGACCUGCAAAAGUCAGGUGGACUGGAACCUUUGUGUAAGCCGAGGAGUGUCUGUAAUUGUAUUGCACUAAAGUGCAACUGGGGGCAAGUUUCAGAAGGAACUUUAUUUGCCUGUGUCCUCUGUCCUACCGACUUUCCUCCAUGGAAGUCAGAAAUCCCAUUCUGUCAGUGGAUGUUGUUGGGAACUGUUGCCAUUCCCGUCCCUUUUCCCGGGGGCUGGUAGCCGAAGGACACAUUGUACUAGUCACAUGGAUGGGGUGCCUUAAGGUGCUUUCUGAGGUGGUGCUGCUGGUCUUAAUUUAGGAAUUUGGUUCAAAUAGGAAGAAAACGUAAAGGAUCUCUUCUUGCAGUUUGUAUUGGCUUUCCCAUAGUCCUCCUGAAAGGAAGAAAAAUUCUAGCACUUCAGCCUGACCAGAGAACCUGUGGACUUAAUGUAAAGGUCCAAUAGCUUUUUCUAAAAUAAUUUAUUUUCCUUCCCUUUAACUCACUUAUUUUGCAGGGAAAGGAAUUGGGGCAGGGGUGUGUUACCCAAGGACAGGAUCACUUUUAAAUUGUAGUUUUUAUAAGAUGCUAUAAACUUGUAUCUUUUUACCAUUACAGUGUGGUGUCUUUUCCUUUUUGUGUGUGUGGUCUAUUUCAGUACUGUAACCAAAAUAAACUCGGCUUGCUUUCCCUCCCAA